GAAGUGACCCGAUAGCGGAUUUCAGUUCCGGGGCAGCAAAGUCACAUGAGAAGUUCAGGUCAUACGAUAGAGCAGGAGGAAACAUGAGCAUUGCUUUGUUACAUCUGGAUUGCACAGCCCAGAACAAAAUGGCACCAGCUACAAAAGAGACUCUCACUGAGGUGAAUGAGAGGCUGGAUCAGCUGCUUCUCCAACUAAUGGAUGACCUGGAGGUCCUGAAGGAGAAAAGAGAAAACCUCAACAGCCUCAUAGAGAAGGGGUGGUUCUACCUUUCUCAGUCACGAUAUUCAAUGGGGAAUAAAUUUGUAUCUUCUCUGCAAUAUAAACAAGACAUGGUUCCCUCAGUCUGUGUCCAGGGCAGCAUCUCGGAGGAGGGUGUGACAGUGUUUCAUGUUGGGAAUGUUGAGUCAGAAAAGGGGGAGCCUGAGGAAACUCAAGAGGUCGAGACAAUCGGGGCAGUGGAUCAAGUGCUGAGACACCGAGGCCACAAGUCAACCACAGAGACUCCUAAACACCUAAAGACGGAAGGAAAUGAGAAACAGAGGCCGCCACCUAAUAAUGACCCAUUGCGCUGGUUUGGUGUUCUCGUUCCUCAGAGCUUGCGCCAAGCACAAAAUACUUUCCGCCAGGGUAUCCUCCUGACUGCUGAAGUUGCCUCUCUACAAAGCGGCAUCGAUGAGACCCGCAAACAGUACCGAGAAUUACUGACUGACAAACACCGGCUACAAUCUCAGUCGGUUUGUGGAUAAACUUUUUCCUUCAAUAAGAUUUAAAGGGUAACUCCGCUUUUAAGAAGAAAAAAAGCAUAUAUGAAAUAAUGAUCUAGCAUAUACAACUGCGAUACAAGUCGUAUUGUAAUUGAAGGUUAUUAAAAAUAACCUUUUUCAAUCUGCAGCUGCUGUAAUUUUCUGCAAAUGUAAUGCAAUAUGGCUACCUGGAGAUAUUCUGUAUACAGAACGCCCUCACAGAAAUAUAAUUUCUUGCUUGUGUGAUUGGCUCACUGAUUGUCCCAGAAGGUCUACACUAAGUCAAGAUUUUUGGCAUCCCCCUUCAACAAAAAUGUAAUUUUCGGUAAGAUAUUCCCAAUAAGAAAUCGCAUCUAAAGGGAUGCAACCCCUGUAGUUUUCCUCAUUAGAGCUCUACAACUGCAGCAGCCAGCUGAUAAUUAUGAAACCACUCCCUUAAGACUCACUCAGAACAUGGGCACUG